GUGCCACUGAGCAGCCAUGGAGGAGUCCACGCGGAUGGGUUACUGCAUCGUGGCCGGCAGCUUCGUGGCCUUCCAGUUCUUCUUCUCGGCCGUCAGCCCCCAGCUCUCGCUGGCGCUCAGUCGCCGCUACUGCAGCCUGAACGCUGUCAAAAAGUGCGAGUGGAACUCCAGGUGUGUCUCCACUCUGCACGCGCUCAUCGUCGGCCUCUUCUGCCUCUACAUCCUCUUCUUCGAUGGAGCCAUUAACGCCAACCCCAUCUGGGGGGACCCUUACCUGGUGAAACUCAACGUGGCCAUCACCUGCGGCUACCUGCUCUACGAUUUGCUGCUGCUCCUGCGCUACUGGAAGACGCUGGGCGACUCCCUGUUCAUUUGCCACCACUUGGUGGCGCUGUACGCCUACGGCUACGUGCUGAGCCGAGGGGUGCUACCCUAUUUCGCCAACUUCCGCCUCCUGUCCGAGCUCUCCACUCCAUUCGUCAACCUGCGGUGGUUCUUUGACACCGUGGGGCAGCCCCGUUCCUCCUGGUUCGUCCUGGCCAACGGCCUGGCCAUGACCGUGGUCUUCUUCCUGGUACGCAUCGCCGUCAUCCCCAGCUACUACGCCCGCGUGCUGGCCUGGUACGGCACGCCCGAGUACGCCCGCCUGGGGCUCGCCGUGCAGGUGGCCUGGAUCGUGCCCAGCCUAGCCCUGGAGGUCCUCAACCUGAUCUGGAUGUACAAGAUCGUCCGGGGCUUCUACCGGGCCUUCUGCCGGCCCCAGGAGCGCAAGGCGGCCUGCAGCCACAGCGACUAAGCGGGAGCUGGACUUCCCCAGGAGGCACGGCCGGGGGGCCCCUAAACUCCCGGCAGAGAUGGAAGAUCCACUCUAGUUCCCAUCAGAGCCCACAGCAACAGAAAUACCCUGGCCUAGCACGUGCCGCCAGGCACCCGGACUGGCCCCCACUGAGCACCAGGGGCAUCUGGACUGGCACGUGCCCUGCGGGCACCUAGGAAAUUCAUGGAGAUCACAGACUGGCAUAUGCCCCAGGCACCCAGGAAAUCCAUGAGGCACCGGGACUGGCACUGAACACUUGGGACGUCUGGACUGGCCCACGCCCCUGGCUGGGAGCUCGGUGGGGGCCCGUCUGUGGGGCUGGCAGUGCCCCUCACAGAGGGCUAAGGCUGCCCAACCCCCAGCUAAGGGUGUCUUUGGGGGGGCCUGCGUGUCCAUGCAUAAGGGGCGCAGAGGCUCCUGCCGGGUGGGGGGUCCCAUGGGGCAGGGGCAGAGCGGGGAGCCAUGGUAGGGCCACGUUGCAGCCUCUUGAACGGCUUCCCCAGGCCCCCGCACCCCCUCCCACUCGUGCAAAAAGCAGGAGGAGCCCCACACUACUGGGCUGGAAAGUUGGGGGGGGCGGGGCCCACGUGCACUGAACCCCCAAGGGCCAAGGGUUAUACGUAGCUUUUGAGGACACCCCCGUGCCCCAGGAUCCUGCAGUCUGACCCUGGCCCCUCCCUCCCAGACGCCUCCUGACCCAUAGCACCCCCCGUCCAUAAAGCCCUGGCCCCCUGCCCAACAGGACGGGGCAGCGCCCUGGGGCUGAUCCUGCUGUGGUGGGGGGAGCUGGGAGGGCACCCGGGCCCCAGCAGGGGUGUCUCUACCACAGGUCAGCCCCCAGCUAAACCUACCCCCUUGGGCUGGGGCCCCAGAGAACCGGGCUCUAGGCCCUGCCUCUGUGCCUCAGUUUCCCUGUCUGUUAAAGGGGGACAAUGCCCCUUCAUCUGUGCCUUCUCUCUUCAGACUGGGAGCUUUUCGGGGCAAGCCUGUCCCUCACUCUGUAUCUGUGCAGCGCCCGGCACGGCCGGGGGGGCCCCGAUCUCAGCCUGGGCAGCUCCCAGCACGGCCGGGGGCCCCCGAUCUCGGCCAGGCCCGUACAGCGCCCCUUGAUCUCGGCCUGGGCCUCUAGGCAUUUGCACGCUCCCAGUGACACUCUGAAGUAGCCUCCCACAGCAGGUCUCGCUCCGGUCGGCGCCGAGAUCGGGGUUUUCGGACGAUUUCCAGUGGAGAAUCUCAAACGCCUUCUCGGUUCCUUGUUUCAUAACUGACAUUUCUGCCCUAGUGAGGAAUUAACCCUCCCCCCUCGAUACUAAUUUAUUAACCCCAACCCCCCCACACACACUCUGGGCCAGGGGGACGAGCGCCCAGCUCACCCUCAAACCAGGCUGGGCUCCGGCCACGUUUGCCUCCAGUGUCUGUCUGUCAGGGGAGGGGCGGGACCCGCAUUGGGGGUGUCAGGGGACAGGCCACUGGGCUGGGACUCAGGACACCUGCGGUCUGUGCCCAGCUCUGCCGGUGGCCGGCUGGGUGACUCUGCACAAGUCACUGCCCAUUCUGUGCCUCAGUUUCCCCUCUCGCCCUUUGUUUAGAUUGUGAGCUUGUUGGGGCAGGGACUGUAUUUCAUUCUGGGUCUGGGCAGCCCCCGGCACAA